GUACCUCCUUCAACACUGAGAUCUAAAUAAUCUGGUCUGGGGGAUACAUCAAUGCUCAAUGCAGCUAACAUUUCAAAAACUAUCUCUUUACUAAUACUGAGAUAACAAGGUGUAGAGCUGGAUGAACACAGCAGGCCAAGCAGCAUCAGAGGAGCAGGAAGGCUGACGAAUUCCUCAGUUUCACAAGUCCUUUGGUCAUCUAGUAUUUCUGGAGAUGAUCCACAUCUUUUCCAGUGAUGACAGAUAAAAAAUUUAAAGUGUCCAUCAUUUUCCUAUUUUAUACCAUAAAUUCACCAUUGUAACAGGCCUAAGUUUGUCCAAGCCAAUGUUUACCUUUCACAAACGUAAAGAAGCUUUUACUGGCCACCUUUAUGUUUCUUGGCAGCAUCUCAGCAAAAAUUUGACACAGUGCCAUGUCAAGAGAUAUUAGGACUGGUGACCCAAAAGCUUGGUUGAAGAAAUAAAUUUUAAGGAGUGUCUUAAAGUGAGGCAAGUCGAUGGAGAAAUGGAAAAGGAAUUCCAAAUCGAUGCUCUAAGCAUUUAUUUCAUAGUGUGUCAACCUAUUAAUCAGCUGGUGAAUCCUUCCACUUCUUAGCAUUGUUCUCUGAGCAAAGCAGGUGUACAUAUGGUCACAACAAAACACAUGAAGUGAAGGAGAAAUGAAACAGUAGAAAAAGGACAGGUGUUUGGAGGGACCUUUCAGUCUGUGUGGAAAAUAGAAGGAGGCACAAACACAGAGGUUUCUUGGAAAUCUGAUAAAAUGGCGUAAACAUCAAUAACGUCAUGGCAACUGCUGAGGAGGAGCUCUGAGCGAUUGGAAAAAAUACAAUUUCCUUCCUGAACUAAAGCAGUCUUCAGUUGUUGAGCCCAACAAGAAGGGACGCAAGAUGACUGUUUCAGCGAUGAACAAGUUUCCAACAGCCUUGGGCUCCAGGAUGAAGAGGGGCCGCUGUGGUAUUAGACUUGGCAGCAGCCUGGCACUGUGGUGCGGGUAUCUCCUGUUGCUGGGACAAUCCAGCCUCGCUGAUGUGGCGACAUGCGCUGCACAGUGUCAUUGCCCAAAGCCUGUGCCAUGCCGUCCAAGUGUGCCCCUGGUUCUGGAUGACUGCGGCUGCUGCUCAGUUUGUGCUCGGCAAUUCAAUGAGGACUGCAGCUUGCUUCGACCGUGCGACCGUGACCGCGGGCUCCACUGCCAACUGGAAGCAAGACCAAACGCCACAACCGGAAUCUGCAGAGCCAGCAGCCCGGGACGGCCUUGCUUCUUGAGCGGCAGGGUACUCCAACACGGCGAGAGCUUCAUGAAGAGCUGCCGGCUGCAGUGCAGCUGCCAGGACGGCAGGGCCCAAUGCUCCCCGCUCUGCUCCGGGAAGCUGCCGGCACCGCCCGCCUCCUGCGCGGACGCUCGGCCCGUCAAGGUGGCUGGCACCUGCUGCGAACGAUGGAAGUGCCUGACACCCCUCUCCAAGGACCACAAGGGAUGGGCGCCAGCCAAAUGGAAGGAGUUUGCCGCCGGCCCCGGGAAAGCGGUGAAGUCGCGAAAUGCAGUGCACCAGCUGAAAGGUCAAUUCAAGAGACAAAGCUUCAGCUAUUCUGACUGCCUGGUCAAGAGCACAGAGUGGUCGACAUGCUCGCGGACCUGUGGCAUGGGAAUUUCAUCCAGACUGAGCACCAACAACACCUGGUGCCAUCCGAAAUGGGAGACCAGGCUGUGCCAGAUCCGGCCCUGUGAUAUGCUCAAUGAGGUCAAUCUCCAGGGAGGCAAGAAGUGCCUGAAUAGCCUGAAGGAGAUGGAGCCCAAGUUGUUUAGUUACGAAGGUUGCACCAGCCUGAGGAAAUACAAGCCCAAGUACUGCGGCCUGUGCACAGAUGGCCGCUGCUGUUACCCUGCUGAGACCAGGACCAUGAAAGUACGUUUCCACUGCUUGGUCAGAGGAUUCAUUGUGAAGCGUGUCAUGAAGAUCAAGAGGUGCGAAUGCAGCCAGCAAUGCCAGCAGCAGAGUGUCCACUUCUGGCUAGACAUUGAGGAACCAUAUGGAUCCAUUAACCAGCAGAUCCAUUAAAGGAAUCCAUUGCAAUUUCUAAAACCCUUGGUGCAUUCCAGGUUACAACUGACCUGCAGUGUUCAAUGGUUUAAUUGAUCUGUAUUUGGCUUGUUGAUUGAUCUAUGAUCACUAUGCUUGAUUGAUUAAGCUUAGGAGCAGCAUCUGAGCACUAAAAUAAACAGAAACUUGCAGAAAGACCUAAGAAACUCAUUGUGGGCUGAAGGGCCUGUCCCUGUGCUGGAUAGUGCAGUUCUAAUCCAAAGUUGUGAAUAUGAUUUAAAACUCACUUUCUGCUUUGCCCUGAGCUAAAUUGUAUAAAGUCUACAGCUAACCAGUGAAUAAACAGCAGAUUCUGAAGUUGGCCCACAGACCUCCCACUGGAGUGUGAAUGCCAAGUGCCCUCUUUCAGGGGGAACUAUUCUGACGCAGUAUUGCUCUGCUGUAUCAUUGCUCUGACCCAAUUCACUUUGAUAUCCGUGUUGGGAAAACCUUUCACAUUUUAAAAUUAGAUUCCUAAAAGCCUGGAAUUGGUAAUACACCUGACAAUCAAGUGCAUCGAUUGUAAAUUAACAAUUUCCACCUUAAGACAACAGACACAGCACUAUGUCCGGAAACUCGGAAUGUCCCAUGGCAGUUUCAAAUUCAUUACUGACACCUUUCCUUGAAGGUAGCAAGGUUUUCAAUUAUGUAAAAAUUCCUGUCUCUUUUUAUACCACCUUUUGAAACAUGCAUUUAUUGUCUAAGUCUUGCUGAGCUUGCUGUUGGGUGUUUUAUACGAGAUAAAGUAAAGAAACAAAUGCCUUGA